AUGUGGUUUGAUUGCAAUAGUUACAAAGAGGACAGUCUCAAGGCGAGCUUCCAUGUGGAAAAGUCGAGUGCCAUCGCGUUCGGAGACUACAAUACAACUAUACAGGCAAACAAGAAGUUGACACCAUAUCAUCAUCUUCACACCAACCGAGAAAAAUCGGCCCAAGCGGUGGCAUCUUUGGAUUGUCCAGGGCCGGCGUUAAAACGCAACCCUUUUCUUCUUCAUAAAAACGAGCCUUCAUCUCCUUUUGUUUCUUCUUCUUCUUCCCCUCGUUCUUCGCCGCUUUCUCUGUCUCGACUCCAUCCUCGACUCAAUUCAAGUGCACGUUAG